CCCGUCGGGGUUUUUGGCGCGCGGGCAUGGGCGCGUGCGCACGGGUUCACGCGUGUCCUGCCCUUGUGCUAUGAUCCGGCGCGUGGACAGACACACUGCAACACACACACACACACACACACACACACACACACACACACAGAGGAGGCGGAAACCUCCAUCUGCCCUGCUCGGUCACCGACCCGUCAUCCUCGGGCUCCGGGAAGAAACGGAUCAUCUCCGCACCGAGAGCGAGGAGAACCGGAGGAGGCACCGAGAGGAGAGCAGGAGGAGAAGAGGAGGAGGAGGGAGCUGAACAUGGAGGAGAUCUAUAGUCUAUAUAUAGGCUGUGCCCCGGACUGCACCACCGCCGCCGCCGCCACCUGCCCUCCCGGUACCGGUCAAUGAGAGCCAGCAACAGCUCGUUUUCUCUCCCUCUCUCUCUCUGAUUCCUCCUUUACCUCGACCUCCUCCUCUUUUUUGUCUCUAUCAUGCUCUCCUCACUUCCACGUGUUAAAAAACACACUCGUCUUAUUUUAGCAUCACUGCUUUCCUCCUCCUCGUCCUCCUCUUCUUCCUCCUCGUCCUGCCCUCCUCUCUUCUGAGUUUUCCUCACACACACACACACACACACACCGGAAAAUGAAGCGUGGGUCGAGUGUGUUGCAGCCUCCCUCUGAUGCAGCCAAACGGCACACACACACAAAGACACGCGUGCGCGGUGAUGAUGAUGAUGGUGGUGGUGGUGGUGGUGGUGCCAAACACACAGCGGAUGCCACAGGUUCGAGUCCCUUCCCAGCAGCCACCUCUCUCUUCAGCCCCGAUGUCAGCACCAAGAUGGCGUCUGACCUCCUCAUCAGGCUUUCAGAGGCCACCCAGAAGGCCCAGAUGCUUCCUGGGAGGCAAGCAGAGGCUGAGCCUCAGUGGCGCGAGGCGCUGCCGGAGGUCCGUGGUGGGCAGCAGGAUGAGCCCGGCUUGGCUCUUUCACCGGACGGACCCGGGGCCAGUCCUGAACCGCCGUCGCUGUCGCACACACCUGACGGCAACGCCGCCACGGACACACUGGCUUCAGACAUGCUGAGGAAACUGGCAGAGCGCCAGGAAGUGAACAGCCUCGGCGUGAGGGUCAAAGAAGAAGAAGAGCCGGUGGAAGUUGACACUUUGGUUGCCCCCGACCUUGUCCGUGAUCGAUCACUCACAAAAGAGAUAACUACACCUUCCUCAAUGGCGAGCCACCAUCUAUUCGGCAUUAAAACGGAAGACCAGGGUUUCAGCGGCAACAAGAUGGCAGAGCAGUCGCACCCUGGAGCCGAAAUGGUGGACCAGUGUCUCCAUGGCCUUAAAACAGAGGACAAGUUUUUUACUGCAGGCUGCCAGCCUGGCUCCAAGACGACAGACAGCGUCGUCUCCGGAGCCAACAAGUUUCAGUUCAGAGUGAAGGUGGAAGAUCAUGGCGUCUCUGGAAACAAGAUAGCGGGGCAGCUUCUAUCUGGAGCCAAAAUGGAGGACCAGCUGCUCUUUAAAGCAAAAAUUGCAGAGCGGCCUUUCUCUGGAGCCAAGAUGGGCAACAAGUUUCUUUCUGGAGUCAAGAUAGAGGACCAGUUUCCUUCAGGAGCCAAGAUGGAGAAUCAGCUUCUCUUUGGAGCCAAAAUGGAGAACGGCCUUCUUCCUGGAGCCAAGAUGGUGGACCACGUUUUCUCAGGAGCAAAAACAGAGGAGCAGCUCUUCUUUGGAGCCAAGAUGGAAGACCAAUUCACCUCUGGAGCCAAGAUGGCGGACCAGUGCCUCAGAGCCGUGCUGUGGCAGGACAUGUCAGUGAACCUGGCGUCCACGCUGCUGCAUCAGCUCUCAGAGAGGGUCAGUAAAUCCAACAGUCGGCUGGUGGAGAGGACGACUCCGCCCGUCAGAAGCAGUCCUAUUUUGAAGGUGAACAUGGACCCUCUCCGCUCAUCCCCACUUCUGGGCUCCCAGGACCCUCCACAUGAAACAAAAACCAGCAGAGAUCCGACGGCAGCGUGUUCAUACUUCUACAGGUGUCACGUGUGCGGCUUCGAGACGGACAGCCGCGCCCUUUUCCAGAGUCACAUGACAGAACACCGCCAAUGGGAGCGCGGCUCCUUCUCGCUGCACUGCUGCGUCUGCGACCACUCGACCAAUCAGGAGGCAGAGAUGAGGGCUCACGCCAACACGCACAUGCAAGGCAUCAUGGGAGUCAGCGCAGAGAUGAGAUGUCCCAUCACCCCUCCUGCCGCCCCCGCCGUCUCCUCUGGCAUCGCUCCGUCAGUUGCCGUGGCAACCCAGCCGGAGAACGGCACCUCCGAGCAUCGCUGCCGCAUCUGCCAGAGGUCGUUUCCAGGGCAACAGGAGCUGCUGGUUCACUUCCAGGGUCAUCGCCAGGGCAACCAGUACCGGUGCGACCGGUGCGGUCACCUGACGCGGACAGCCAACAAGCUGGUGGAGCACGUGCGCGUGCACACGGGCGAGCGGCCGUUCACGUGCGACCUCUGCCCGUACAGCGCCAAGCGGCGGGACAGUCUGCGCCUGCACUGCAAGGUCAAGCACGCCGCCGACGUGCACACGCACCGCUCCUACGUGCACACGCACCGCUCCUACGUGCACACGCACCGCUCCUACGUGCACGGAGACAAUCAGCGCUCGAACAAACACGUCCAGCGGCUGCACACGCCGCCAAACGCACACACUGCUGCACACACCUCCUCCUCCUCCUCCUCCUCCUCCUCUCUUCCUCCUCUUCAUCCCUCGCUCUCCGACAGGGCAGGAUGGAGAGAUCUGUCUCCUCUCCUCCCCAUCACAACACUCAUUUCUCUGAAACCACGACCUCCUUCGUCACCCUCCUCCUCCUCCUCCUCCUCCUCCUCCUCCUCCAUCAAACACUCCUUUCUCGGUUACCUUGGCCUGAAAACUUCUUUGUAAAUGCUUUUUUUGGUCUUAUCCUCUUCUUGUUUCCUCUCCACCUCUCCUUCCUCCUUCUCUCUCCAUUUCCUCUCCUUUCCUCAGUUCCUC